AUGCCGGAGAAUCAGGUGCCGCAGAUCUGGGGAGAGUCCGUCACCCAGUUCAAAAACACACUUCCAGUGGUGGUCGCCUUGCGCAACAAAGCCUUGAAGCCACGACACUGGGAGGUCAUUACCUCUAUGAUUGGUCAAGAGCUGGAUUUGGAAGAUGAAGAGUUCACCCUUGGUGGUCUGCUGGCCAUGGGUGUGGACCAACACAUGGAAGCCAUCAUGGAUGUCUCUGGCAAGGCAACAGCAGAGCAAGGACUUGAAGAAAUGCUCGACAAGGUGAAGAAGACGUGGGAGGAUUUGGAGCUUGUGAUCAACCCCUACAAGGACAGCAAAGAUGUCUUCGUGCUCGGCUCGAUCGAAGACAUCACUGUUGCCUUGGAAGACUCCUUGGUGACGAUCUCCACCAUCGCUGGAAGUCGAUACGUGGGCCCCAUCCGCGCGGAGGUGGAACAAUGGCAGAAGGAUUUGCUGCUCUUCCAGGAGACAUUGGAUGAGUGGCUCAACGUACAGAGAAAUUGGAUGUACUUAGAGUCCAUUUUUAAUGCUGGCGACAUCAAGAAGCAACUGCCUGGAGAAAGUGCCAAGUUUCAAGAGAUCGUUGCUCGGCAACGUCUCCAUGCCGUCGAGACCUACGAGUACGCCGUGGCGUUGAAAGCUGCGACCAAGCCGGGGAGACUGGAGCUUUUUAAGAAAGCAAGUGAGACCUUGGAUCAGAUCCAGAAGCAGUUGGAGGACUAUCUCCUCUCCAAGUGUGUGGCCUUCCCACGCUUCUUCUUUCUCUCCAAUGACGAACUCUUGGAGAUUCUCUCCCAAGCAAAGAGACCCCAGGCCGUCCAGCCACAUCUCCGAAAGUGCUUUGAUAAUUUGGUGAAGCUGAAGUUUGGGGACGGAGCCAAUUCCACAGACAUCCAUGCCAUGAUCUCCGGCGAAGGCGAAGAGAUCCCCUUCUACAAGAUGCUCAAGGCACGCAACGGUGUUGAGAAGUGGCUCAGUGCCGAGGGUGGCGUUGAGGAGUACAUGGUGAAGACCAUGAGGGCUGAGGUGAAGAAAGGCUGGGAGACCUAUGCGCUUGAGUCUGACCGCAAAGAGUGGGUACGGAAGCAGUACUGCCAGGUGAUGAUCACUGUGGGGUCCAUCUACUGGACCCUGGAGACCGAGGAGGUCUUGACGGCCAGCGAUGGGAACAAGGUGCAGCUCAUGGGAAAAUGGUACCAGAAGAACAAGACUCAGCUAGAAGGCUUGACUGAGCUGAUCAGAGAUAAGCUGAACAAACUCCAGCGCAAGGGCGUUGUGGCACUGGUCACGCAGGAUGUGCACAAUCGUGACAUCAUCCAGGAUUUGUUCGACAACAAGAUCACCAGCAUGCAAAACUUCAAGUGGCAGCAGCAGCUCAGGUACUAUUGGGACGCGAAGCUGGACGGGGACCAUGGCGAUUGCUGCAUUCGUCAGGUGGAUGCCUUCAUCAUGUAUGGCCAUGAGUACAUGGGUGCCUUAUCGCGCUUGGUCAUCACGCCACUGACGGAUCGAUGCUGGAUGACCAUCACUGGUGCCUUGCAUAUCAAACUGGGCGCUGCACCCGCGGGCCCUGCGGGCACCGGCAAGACGGAGUCCACCAAGGACUUGGCCAAAGGCUUGGCUCGGCAGUGCGUGGUCUUCAACUGCUCAGAUCAGAUCAACUACCAGAUGAUGGGCAAGCUUUACAGUGGAGUGGUAAGUGCUGGUGCCUGGACAUGCCUCGAUGAGUUCAAUCGCAUCUCCAUCGAAGUGCUGAGUGUGGUGGCGCAGCAGGUGUUGGAGAUUCGUCAGGCACUCUUACAGGACUUGACGGAGUUUGUCUUCGAGUCAAGACAGUUAAAGGUGAAGAACACCUGUGGGAUCUUCAUUACGAUGAACCCAGGCUAUGCUGGACGUACUGAACUUCCUGACAAUCUGAAGGUUUUGUUCCGCCCAGUGGCCAUGAUGGUUCCUGACUACACCUUGAUUGCAGAGAUCAUGCUCUUUGCUGAAGGUUUUGGGAAGGCCAAAGUCCUCAGUGGCAAGUUCACAAAUCUCUACAAACUCUCCUCGGAGCAGCUGUCGAAACAAGAUCACUACGACUUCGGCAUGCGUGCGGUGAAGUCUGUCCUGGUGAUGGCUGGCAGUCUCAAGCGAGCGGAUCCCGACGAGGACGAGAACAUCCUUCUGAUCCGUGCAAUGCGUGAUUCCAAUGUGCCUAAGUUCUUGUCCGAUGAUCUACCACUCUUCUUUGCCAUUGUGAACGAUCUCUUCCCUGGAAUCGAGGUGCCAUACUAUGACUACGGUGCCUUGCAAGUGGAGAUCGAGCGUGGCCUUCAAAAGCAGAGCUUACAGGUCCAUGACAAGUUGGUCACCAAGACCAUCCAACUCUUCGAGACGUUCAUGGUGCGUUUCGGCGUGAUGUUGGUGGGGCCCACCCUGGGUGGCAAAUCUGUUGAUUACAAGACCUUGGCCAUUGUGGCAGCCUUGGUUUCGGGAGAUGACAGUUGCUCACUGCACAAAGUCGUGCAUCUUCAGCAGAAUGCUGUUGAGACACUGCUUGAUGCACUCACGCAAUUGCGGGAGGACAACAGUCCAGAUGAGCGUUACCAGAAGACAAAGUAUACGUGCUUCAAUCCCAAGGGUAUCACCAUGGGAGAGCUGUACGGCGAGAACAACGAGCUCACACAGGAGUGGACGGAUGGCCUCGGCAGUCGCAUCAUGCGCGGUUAUCAGACCGAGGAGAGCCCUGACUACAAAUGGACCGUUUUUGAUGGACCAGUGGAUGCGAUCUGGAUCGAGAAUAUGAACACCGUGCUCGAUGACAACAUGACCCUUUGUCUGGCCAAUGGCGAGCGUAUCAAGUUGAACUGGACCAUGCGGAUGCUCUUUGAAGUGGAGGAUUUGCGUGUAGCCUCACCUGCCACGGUGUCACGCUGUGGAAUGGUCUACUUGACGCCCUCCGAUCUGGGAUGGGAGCCCUUCGUUCGAACAUGGCUCAGCUCUCUGCCCGAUCAACCUUUCUCCGAGAAGGCCAAGGACAUGAUCUGGAGCUACUUUGACACUCAUGUGCAACGAGGUUUGGACUUCCUGCGGAAGAAUGGCCUUGAGCCUGUGGGCACGCAGGAUACCCAGCUCGUCAUCUCCCUGUGCCGGCUUUUCCAGUCGGUGAUGAAUGAAGAGGCAGCCACUGGGAACAGCUGUGCCUCGAAGGAUGCUCAAGUUGCAGAGGGAGAGUCAGUGCUGGUGCCGCGGAAGAUCUCAACCUUGGAGGCCGCUGAGUUCGAGAAGUUUCUGCAGCCCUGCUUUUGCUUUGCCUUCACUUGGACCAUCGGUGGCAGUUGUGAUGCCAAGACGAGAGGUAUGUUUGCCCGAGAGAUCGAGAAUUGGUUCCCCAACGUCUCCAUGCCUCGGGGAGGAGGUCCAUAUGAUGGCUUCAUCAACUUUUACGAAGGCCCAAAAUGGAAGAGCUGGACCGACAUUGUGCCGAAGUUCGUCUUCCAGGAUGGUGUGUCAUACUUCCAGCUUUUGGUGCCGAACCCCGACACUGUUCGCUUCUCCUACAUCAUGGAUCGCAUGAUGACCACGCAAAACUCCGUGUUCUUGACGGGCAACUCUGGAGUUGGCAAGAGCGUGAACGUGGUGGCCUUGUUGGAGAAGAUGAAGGAGAUCGCCUCGGUGGUUCCAGUCUACAUGACCUUCAGUGCUCAAACGAAGGCCUACGAGACACAGAUCAACAUUGAGAGCAAGCUCGAAAGAUGGCGAAAGACCCUGUUGGGCGCACCAGUCAACAAGACGAAUGUGAUCCUGAUCGAUGAUGUGAACAUGCCCUUGGUGGAAGAGUAUGGUGCACAGCCUCCCAUCGAGUUGCUCAGGCAGUUCCAGGAUCAGCGGGGCUUUUUUGAUCGCAAGAAGCACGAGUGGAAGGACAUUGAGAACACAACGCUGUUGCUUUGUGCGGCUCCACCAGGCGGUGGCCGAAACCAGAUGACCGCGCGCUUCACCAGGCAUUCACAGGUGGUGUGCAUGCCACCAACCAGUGAAGAGGCCAUGUCCACCAUUUUCGGCUCCAUCAUCUCGGGCUUCCUGGGACGCUUCAAGAGCGAAGUGCAAGGCUUGGCGAAUGCCUCAGUACAAGCGACCAUCGAUAUCUACAACAAGUGGGGGAUCCCAGUGCAGAACCCGCGAAGGUGCGGAGACGAGUUGCUGCCCACACCGACGCGGCCACACUAUACCUUCAACCUGCGAGAUGUCUCGAAGGUCUUCCAGGGUCUGCUCAUGGUGAAGGCGAUGCACGUACCAAAUGCUGAAGCGUUUACGAGGCUGUGGUACCACGAGCUGUCACGAGUCUUUUGUGAUCGGUUGAUCAACAAGUCUGACAAGGAGUGGUUCUACAAGGCUGCAGCUGAACAGUUGAAAUCCAGGUUCCGUGUCAUGGACACCGAUCCUGAAAUUUGGACGUCCUUGAUGUGGUGCAACUUCCUUCGUCCAGUGGAAUCACGGGUCUAUGAGGAAGCCAAGGACAAGACCAAGGUGCAGAAGGUUCUUGAAGACGCCAAUGAUGACUACAACCUCUCUCACACCGCGCAGAUGAAUUUGGUCUUCUUUCAGGAGCAGUGGACGCUCGAGCUGCGCCAAGAUUUGCUGCUUGGCGAGAACCAGAGAGAAGUGGUGGCGGUGCUGACUGCUGGCUACGGAAUUGAUGCCUUCCGAGAAGAUGAGAAGAAGUUCUUGAUCUCAGCAGGUGCUGGGGCAGCGAAGGCAACGAUGUUUUUGCUCAGUGACACACAGAUCAUCAACGAGACCUUCCUUGAGGACAUCAACAACAUCCUCAACGCUGGCGAGGCGAUUUGCGGUGUGGCGGAUGGAGUCUCACAAAUUGAGGAUUUCGGCAUUGAUGCUUCGAUGCUGCCCAAUGAACUGCUGCAGGUGGUAGAACAAUUGGGGAUGCAUCAGCUGAUCCCAGGAGCCAAGUUAUCCGCCGCGGAUACCUAUCGCGGUCCCGUGUCCAUGCUACGCCGGGCCUUUGAGGCCACGGAGAGUUUGGGAUCGUUGACGGUGGUCUUGGCGGUGAUGGACAAUUCAACACGAAUUCAUGGGAAGUUACAUCCCAUGAUUGCGAUCAUCACCGUGGGAGAUUGUGAGCUCGUGGUUUUACGACGAGUGAAGGGGCCACGGGGGCCCUUGGAAUUGGUUUGCCACACGGAGAUGCAACGAAUUGAUGGCCAUGCGCAGACUCCCUUGCAACUGGCCAGGGUAGAUGAUCGAAUCGAUCCCAACUUCAACGAAGAGUUGACCAUUGAGGUCAUCGAAAGGGGCAGCGCAGUGAAUUGCGUCUCUGCCUAUGAGGGAGACAUUGUGAUCAUGGGCAGCGAUGGGGUCUUUGACAACCUCUUCUUGGAUGAGAUUCUCGACUUGGCCAAUACCAUGCUGCCGCCAGGUCAGGCAGCUUCUGGGUAUCCAGAAACAGCACUGAAAUCCUUGGCCCAGCGCAUCGUUGAGCAGUGUCAUGCAAAGACCAGGCCCUUGCCCAACGGUGUCUUGGCCGAAGCGCCCAUUGGGAGAGGUGGCAAAAAGGAUGACACCUCCUGUGUGGUGGCUGAGGUAGUGGAAUGGACCCAGGAUUUGCAACAGCUUUGGACUCCUCCACCACAACCCACCACCUGGCUCAGUCCUUUUACCUCGCUCAGCUCGUGGUUAGACAUCAACACCUGCUGUGGUGUGUCACACGAUUCUGAUGAUGAGGAUUUCCGGAAGCCCUCCAAGCGCAAGGCUCCCUUUCCAGAUGCCACGAUGAGCGCAGCUUGUGGAAGCAACUCUCAAAAUGUACCUCAGAACGGUUGGAAUGAGGCCAACCAGCCUUGCCAGGGCUUUCAGGAUUUCCAGGCACAACAACAAUACCCAAACCAACAGUACCAGGCUCAACAGCUCCAAGCAAAUCAACAGUACCAAGCAAAUCAACAAUGCCCAGCAAAUCAGCAAUACCAAGGAUAUCAGCCCAACCAAAGCUAUCCGGGUUACGGCACAAACCAGCAAUACAUGGCGAAUCAGCCCUACCACGGCUACCAGGCAAAUCAAGCCCAGGCUAAUCAGUGCCAGGCAAGCCAAAGCUACCAGAGUUAUCAAGGCAAUCAAUACCCGACCAGCCAGGGUUACCAGUAUCAGGCGAACCAAGCAUACCAGGGCGGCCAGGGCUUCCAAGGCAAUGGAUACCAAGGAUACCCACAAGCCCAAGCCCAAAUGCCAUAUCAAAUGGGCCAGACGCCCUGUCCAGCUUCUCAGAACUCCCUCAUGGCUUCUCAGAUGUAUGCAGCACCAGGUGGCUUUGGCGGCUUUGGCUCCCUCAACAAUGGCACCUACGGCGGGUGUGCUGGUCGCUACUGA